UGGGUGAUAGUCAACAAUUCCGAUACUUUCUCAUGUCUGUGUCGGAUUAGUCUAUAUGUAUAUGACACUUUUUGUCGAGAACAAUUAAAUAUAAAUUGCUUCGAAGGUUUUCGUUUCAGAGAGGGGGCACCAAGGCGUUCACCUACCGAAUUCAUUGUGUAAAGUAAAGCUGUUUGAAUCCGCUCACAAUAUCACUUUAAAAUCAGCCUUUUCUUUGAAGGGAGCCAACCUCCGAUGGAUGUUCCCUAACGACCCUAGCAGAUACGCCAGCCGUGUUACGGACUGCUGAUUUCUAAUGCUGUUGUACUUCAUAAAUUUCAAAUUAACCUAGGCCGAAUGAAAGAAAAUGAAAACAAGUACACAUCACAUUUUGGCAGACAGGUCGUACUUUCCAGGACAUUGUGACACCCGUUCGCAGCGCUGGCUGUACUCUUGGGACCAGCUGACCGUUUUUCAACACGACUACUUUCAUUUCAAGUUUGAAUGAAAACCCAAAGGAGUAAUUGCUGUGCAGAAGAGGAUGCCACGGGACCAAUGCAAGAUGCACGAUGCUUCAUCAGCAUGUCUCAGUCUAUCCAAAGCCCUGAUGCGCCAAAGAGACCACCUGGGGCAUUUGGAAAGUUUGUAAAGGAGAAAUGUUCAGAAAUUCAAAAGAAUAACCCAGGUUCCAAUGGGCCUGAAAUAACCAAGAUUGCAAGUCAGCUGUGGCGUGAGCUAGGCCAAGAGGAGAAAAGUGUACGCAAGUUACUUGCACAAAAAGAAUAUGAAGACUACAAGCAGAAGUAUUUGAUGUUUUUGGAUGGACUCAGUGAACAAGAGAAGAAAGUUAACCUUUAUCACAAAUUUGUAAAAGAGGCACCAGUUAAGAAAAAGGAAAUCAAAGUGUUGCACGGACUGGGAAAGCCAAAGAUGCCACUAACGUCAUAUGCACUGUUUUUGAAAGCUUCUAAGCCUAAACGGGGGAAUAAGUCUAUGGCGCAAUAUAUUAAAGACCUUGCGAACGACUGGCAUAAUAUUACCAAAGAAGAGAAAGAGAUAUAUGAGAAAGAUGCCAGGGUAAGAAAAGAAAAGUACAUGAAAGAAUUAGAAGAGUGGGAGGAGAAAAUGAAAGCAACUGGAUUUCAAGAUUUUAUCCGUGAAUCAUCUCGAAAUAAACCCCAAAUAACUUCUGUUUCGAAUGUGCCAAAGAAAUCAUCCUUAUGAGGCAAAAAAGCCAAAAGACAAUCUCGAUAUCACCAGAAUCCAGAAGGAAGAUGUGAAAAAGUCACUUACAUCAGGAAAAUCACAAACAUAUUCUUGAAAUGUUUUGGUGUUUGUUUUAUGUAUGUCACAUUCUCUUUAUGUAGACUUCUUCAACGGGGAAGUUAUUACUUAAAAAUGCACUUGAAGUGAAAGAAUUUGGGUAAUUUUAUAAACAAAAUAAGCAAUAAAGUAUCUUUUGAUAAAUUAAA